AUGCCGACCUCUCACAGAAGACAGUCGUCGCUAGACGACGUCGAUCCAUUUGCAACCGCAGACCUGUACUACGGACCUAAGACCGACCCGUCGAAGUCCAACAAAGCGUCCCGAUACGGCAGAACAAGGACCAUGUCCGCUGUCAUCCCCAGCAGAAAGUUGUUCCAAUAUAGCGAGCUCACGCCUUCGCCCACUGCGACCCCGCCUCCGAACGGAUCGGCCACGUUUGAUGUGGGCGACAGCUCAAACGACGAGGAUGAUUCGGCGGUCUCCGGGACUCCCUCUGAGGCUGGCUCCGCCAUCCACUCUCCGAGCGAGUCCACGUCGUCUUUGGUGAGGGACCACAACUUGAAUGUGCUCAACUCGCACAAGCUGUACAACUUGCCUGGCGUUUCCUCCGGAACGGUGAACUCUGUUGGCAGCAAUUCGACUCUGCGGCGUCGCGGAUCGGCCGAUGACUCUUCGAGCAUGAAGAACUCCAAGCGUUUUUUCAUCAGCGACAUCGACGCCACGCUAGAGGAGCUGCUUGAAAACGAGGACACAGACAAGAACUUCCAGAUCACAAUCGAGGACAGUGGUCCGAAGGUGCUUAAGCUGGGCACAGCAAACUCCAACGGCUACCGGCAGUACGACAUCCGCGGCACCUAUAUGCUUUCGAACCUACUGCAGGAGCUGACCAUUGCCAAGCGGAUGGGCCGCAAGCAGAUGAUUUUGGACGAGGCCCGGCUCAACGAGAACCCCGUUAACAGACUGAAACGACUCAUUUCCAAGGCCUUUUGGAAAAACCUCACCCGGACCCUUGACGAGCACAGCAUUAUAAACAUGGCUUCGGACACCAAGAUCAACACCCCUGAGGCCCGGAUUCCUCGUGUCUACAUCCCCUACAACCAGCACGAGCUCUACGCAUACUACCAAAGACUCGCCAAAAAGUGUCCGGGACAUAACCUGCAGGUGGAAUACUUGCCCGAACACAUAGACGGCGAGUACAUCAAGUCUAUAAACCACAAGCCGGGUCUUCUGGCACUGGCCACACGCAGACGCAGCCAGGAAUAUGGCGAUCUGGAGGGCUAUCCGUACGUCGUUCCCGGUGGAAGAUUCAACGAGCAGUAUGGCUGGGACUCGUACUUCGAGACUCUCGGUCUUCUGCUCUGCGACAUCGUGGAUCCAUGUAUCGGUAUGUGUGAGAACUUCAUCUUUGAGAUCGAGAAUUACGGCAAGAUCCUGAACGCAAACAGGUCGUACUACCUGGGCCGGUCGCAGCCCCCAUUUUUGACCGACAUGGCGUUGCACGUGUUCAACUAUAUUGAGGACCAAAAGGGUAUCCAGGACCUGGGCUUUUUGGAGCGCACCGUCAAGGCAGCAAUCAAAGAAUAUAAUACAGUCUGGUGCGCUCCGCCAAGACUAGACCCUGAAACCGGUCUUUCCUGCUACCAUCCAGAUGGCAAAGGUAUUCCUCCAGAAACAGAGGCCACGCACUUCUGUGCAGUUUUGAAACCAUAUUGUGAGAAGUACGGUGUGUCUUUCGAAGAGUUUACCAAGAAAUACAACGACGGAGAAAUCGUCGAUCCAGAGCUCGACGAGUACUUCCUCCACGACCGCGCCGUCAGAGAAAGCGGUCACGAUACAUCUUACCGGUUGGAAGGUGUCUGUGCUUAUUUGGCCACUGUCGAUCUGAACUCUUUGCUAUACAAAUACGAGAAAGAUAUUGCAUUCAUUAUUGACGAAUACUUCAAUAACCAUUUGGAAGUCAACGGACAAGUUGAAACUGCUGAAAAGUGGGAGUUCCUGGCCGAGGAGCGCAAAAAACGCAUAGACAAGUAUUUGUGGAACGAGUCCAAAGGAAUGUACUUUGACUACAACAUCAAGACACACAGGCAAAGCUUGUACGAGUCGGCCACCACAUUCUACCCGUUGUGGGCCAAGCUUGCGUCACGUGACCAGGCCAAAGCUCUGGUGGAGAAAGCGCUUCCACGGUUCGAGGUGUUUGGCGGCAUUGUGAGCGGAACGAAAGAGUCCCGAGGCGAAAUUGGGCUGAACAAGCCUUCGAGACAGUGGGACUAUCCUUAUGCGUGGUCACCGCACCAGAUCAUGACGUGGAAGGGGUUGCAGAACUACGGCUACACAUCCAUUGCCAAGAGGCUUUCCUACAGAUGGUGCUAUUUGAUCACACUUGCAUUUGUUGAUUUUAACGGCAUUGUUGUUGAGAAAUACGAUGCCACGUCUGAGCAGAGGCCACACAAGGUCGAUGCCGAGUAUGGUAACCAGGGCUCUGAUUUCAAAGGAGUGGCUACCGAGGGCUUUGGAUGGGUCAAUGCUGGAUAUUUAUUGGGACUUGAGAAUCUUGACACGAUCGGAAUCCGGGCCCUCGGGUUGGUGACGUCUCCUAAUAACUUUUUCCCUAAACUGAAUGAGGCUGAGAAACGGAGCUAUGGGUUGUGA